AUGGAUAGAAGUGCCAUGAAAAGUAAUACCCAGAUCGAUGAUAAGAUGACUGAAAAGGGAAAAACUGCUAUGUGUAGCAUGCAAAGGGUGAUUGCUGGCAGAAAAGGCAUCACGAAUACCUCUAAAAAUAUUGAGAAAGAAAGCAGCAUGGAAGGAACUUCUCAUCAUGAGAAUAAUCAUAUGGAUGCUGCGAAAUUUAUGCGCAGGGGCGCUAAUAAGAGAGGCUUUACCUUAUUUAUUAAGUAUAUGUGCAAGAAGUAUAAGAUUAAAAUCUUGAUACUCACAGAGGUGCGUAUUAGUGGAGUUCAGGCAGAUAGGAAAAUUAAAAAUAUAGGUUUUGAUGGUUAUCUCAAACAGGAUGUUGUGGGUUUUUCUGGGGGAAUUUGGGUGUUGUGGGAUAAUAUAGAGGUUGAGAAGGUAGCGAUUUUUGUUUAUGGUAGCCCUAGAAGAAUUGCUAGGAGGCUUCUGUGGGAGGAGCUAUUUAACUUGAGCCUUGGUGUUAACAAACCUUGGCUGGUAAUGGGGGAUUUUAAUGCUAUUUGUAACCCUUUUGAGAAGAAAGGUGGUAAUGCAGCUUGUCUAGGAAGCAUGAGAGAAUUUAACGAAUGUUUGUCCAAGUGCAAUAUUUCGGACAUUGAUUUCAAGGGUCCCUCCUUCACUUGGAAAAGAGGCCAACUUUUAGAGCGGUUAGAUAAAGUGGCAAUCAAUGCUGAGUGGAUGGAAAAUGUUCAGGAGAGGGAUGUGUCAUGGAAAGUAGCUAGUCAUCAUUUUCAAGAGGAAGCUGAGGUUUGGCACAAGCAAGUCUUUAGAGAGAACAUUCGUCGAAAAUUUCGUCUUCAUGCUCGCAUUGUGGGCAUUGACGAGGAGCUGCGAAAUUAUCCAAGUGAAUCUCUAGAGAUACUUCAACGCAAUCUUUGGGAAGAGUUGAAUAAGAUAUACAGUCAAGAGGAGUUGUUCUGGUUCCAGCGUUCCAGGAGUCAGUGGCUGGUGGGGGGUGAUCGCAAUACUAAGUUCUACCAUGCUUCUACAGUUGGCCGACAGAGGCAUAACAUAAUUCUCACGCUCAAAGAUAAGAGUGACAACUAG